CUGGUCUUACUUACAGAGUCCGUUGGGUCGAGCCUCCCGGGGCCCAGUAAACGGUUCGGCCCGCAGAGGCCCCCGAAGACCCAGGAGAGCUGGGAAACCGGCUUUGGGCAGAAAGAACCGGACCCCGGGGACCCCUCGGAGCCCCUGUUCCAGCCCCGGUACGAGUUGGGGUACGGGGACCCGGGCGUGAUGGAGGUGGGGGGGGAUCUGGGCUACGGAGAACCGUACGAGGAGGAGGAGGAGGUUUCGGGGAACCGAGGGUCGCCCUCAAAAACCACCGAUACGGGCGCAGAGUUCGGCUGCAUGCUGAUAAACGAGGAAGGAUUCCUCCAGGACCCAAACGCCUCGUACGCCGAUCAGGUCUCAGGAAACAGGUCGAGUUUCCGGGGAUCCUGCGUCCAGUUCGACCCCUGUCUGGACGCCUUAGAUUUAGGAGAAUCACUACAACAUCCAGCUGCCCUGAGAGGGGAGAAAAACUACAACAAGCCCGAUUCAGGUCACCUAAAAACGCAUAAGGAGACACAGAAAGAGGCACAGUACUCCUGCAACCAGUGUGGGAAAACCUUCUCCCAGGCCUGUAACCUCAGGGUCCACCAGAGGGUCCACUCUUCCCAGGGGCUCCAUCCGUGCGGUCUCUGUGGGAAAGGCUUCCCGUCCCCCGCCGACCUGAGGACGCACCGGUGCGGGCAGCAGGCCGGGGAGAAACCCUACUGCUGCGCGGUGUGCGGGAACAGGUUCAGCCGGCUGUGGAACCUGAAGCUGCACCGCAGGAUCCACACGCAGGAGAAACCGCACCGCUGCGGCAUGUGCGAGAAGAGCUUCACGCGGGCGGACAUCCUGAAGGUGCACCAGAGGACCCACACCGGGGAGAGACCCUACCGCUGCCCCGUCUGCGGACUCAGCUUCAAACGCCUCGACCACCUCAAGUCCCACCAGCGCAAACACACGGCCGACCUGUGA